GUUGGUUGGUCGGUCUAUGACGACGGCAAACAUUACACAAUCAUUCGCCUCUUUCGCUGUCCCGUUGUCCCGCUGUCGUGAUACCAUCGAAUAGCAUAGCGUCGAGCGCUGCGUGUUUUCCUCCAAUCCUACGAGCCGGAGCCUGCUGCUUGUGUUGAAUUAUUCGCGCCCUACAACGAUCCCUACAACAUUUGAAUAAAAAUAUCUCGUACCUGAAAUAUACUGUUACACAUCAACCACCUUUUAUCAUGGCGACUCCUGUGACGACCAUAGUGCCUUUUGCAAGUCUGCCUUCGUGUGCGGUUAAUUGUGGUGCUCUAUACGAUGCCAACGGUGCUUGUGUACCUCCGGCAGCUCCAUCCGGCUCUGAAGCUACCUACGACACAUGUUUCUGUGCCUACAACUCACUUCAAGCCUUCAAACAAGGUCCGACAGGGGUGUGCGACAGCAAUUGUGACUCCGCUGGGCUCUCAAGUAUACAGAGUUGGUUCACCAGUCUAUGCAACAAAGCUGCUACUGCUACUGCAACAGCAGCCUCGGCAACAACUACAGGCGCGAGCGCUGCAGGAAGCAACCAAGGUGGUGGCGGGGAUUGGAUAUCAACACAUUGGAAAUGGGUUGUCAUGAUCGUCAUCAUUGUUGUCGGCAUAAUAGCCAUCUGGGCCGGCGCUUGUAUUUGGCGUCGCAAGUACCUCAAGAAGAAGGACCGAAUGUACGAACUUGGCAAAGGCCUUCCGAGUAGCGUUGCGGUCAAUACGCAAGGGAACCUCGUUGGCACUGGUGCAAGGGAUAGCAACUAUUCCAAUCAGGGCAUGUUUAUGUCAGGUCCCGGGGGCACUGGUUAUGCGGAAAAACCAAAGAAGGAGCGCAAGAGAUGGAUGGGAAGCCACUGAACAUGACCGACACUCCUUGCCACCGAUGCAUCGUAUCGUUUACCACAUAUUUUUAUUACGUCGUGUUCUACCAUCCUACAAUUGUGGGAUUAUUCCUUUGCAUAUUUAUCGUCGGGUUCAAAUUCCGCAUCGAGGGCGUUCAAGGACGGAGAAGUGGUGUUA